UAUUUUGUUUUAUUAAUUAUACCAAUCAAAAUGGUUGUGCCGACGAUUUGGAUUAGAAACAAUAUGCUGUUCUCCGGUGAACAAUGUCAGGAAAGACAACUUACCGAAGCAGAAUUGAAGGUUCAACGAUCUCUUCAGAAACUCUCUGUUCCGGAUUGGUACUUGAAUAAACGUUCGACUUCGCCGAAAAUAAUAAACGACGAUCCGAUUGAACUUCGUCCGCCAUCAUGGAAAUGUCCUCUGCCUAAGAAUUCUUCGAUUAAUUCUACGUCUUCCGAUUUAUCAGAUACGCCAACAAAAGCUUCCAAGAAUAACUCACCUGAUCAACAGAAGCCUCUAGAAUUCAAACAACGAAAAUCAUCGUCAAAAUCUUCACAUACGAAAGAAGAAAUAUUCGACACGUGGGUGCCAGAAGUGAAGCUACCGGCGGACAUCAGUAAGACGCUUCCAAAAGUGUCACCAUCGAGGAAGAUUCAUAAUAUUAACAUCGUUUUUCCACCGGGGCCGAAGGUGGACAUUUUCGACAAUCAGGAUUACAAAAUAAUUUCAAACAAUUACUCCAAUUGCAACAGUUUCCACGUACAGGAGCAAUCAGCUGAUUUCAGCAGGAAGAACGAAGAGUCUCCCUGUAGAAAGAAAAAUAAUGUUCAAGAGGUCGUGGAAACGCCUGUGAAAACUCCGACAACCAGAGGAAGCUACAGGUUUCGUACCACGUCUUCUCCAAAAUUCACUCCAGCAAACUUGUUCUCAUCCACCGUCAUCGAGGACAGUCCAAAACCGAAGAAGAACCUUUCUCAGAAUAUCCUAGAAAAAUCCUCCAUCUUUGAGAAGAGUUUCCGAAGCAACGAUCAUUCAGAUUUCUCCAUUGAUCAUUGUCGAAAACCGAAGAAGCUGUCUCAGGAUCUCCUGGAAAAGACAUUUGUUUUUGAUCAUUCAAAGACAGAUCGAUCGUUUCAGAGCUUCGAAGAUUUAUCGACGAACAUCAGUAGAGACAGCUGUAUAUUCGAGAAGAACAUACAUUCCAUCGAACCCAUCUUCUUCGAGAAGGACGACGCAGCUCAGUCUUCGUUAAAGUCUUCCUCCAUGGUCCGUGACAUGGUGCGAAAGCUAGAGGUGUCCAGAAACUCCUCCCAGACUCCCCAGAAGACGUCCACGUUCACCUGGAACAAAGAAGCACCUGAUCAGAUUAAAAAAUCCAGCUUUCAACUAAAAACCCCAAGUAUGUUCCAGGAGAAGAGAUUAAAUUUUGCUUCCAGAAGUCCUCGAGAACAGAAACCGAGUCUCGAGGCUCAGUCACCUUGCACCAGGUUCCUGAACUCCAACAGAAAGUCUACAGAAUUGGAGAACGUGGUGAGAAGCAAACAUUUGACCAGAGAGAAGGGUGUCGUGCAAGGACUCAUCGGCGUUCUAGCCGAGAAGGUGAAUCAAUCGACUUUACCACGCCAGAAGCAGGUAGCAGAGGUGAACAGGAACUUCGUGAAAAAGGUGGUAAGCGCAUUGGAAAACGCAGACAGAUCAAAUACCGAACAGGUGCCUAAGUCCAGAAGGAUCUCUGCGAACGAGGACACAGGAAGUGGCAGCGACUCUGAAUUCAAAUCCUACACAACAUCAGUUUCUGUUAAGGACACAGACAGCAGUGAUUCGGAUCAGAGGACACCCAGUCCGAAGAGCGACGAGGACAACAGAUUUGAUUAUAGUUACCUGACGACAACUAGCAUUCAUCAGGACGAUGAUUCUGUCUACUGGAUACCAGUGUCUAGGUGCAAACUUCCAAGAACCAGCUCUCUAAUCAGCAUGAUGUCCAGGUUGUCUGGCAAUGGACACUCUCCCUGCGUCAGUCCCAUAAGAAGCGAGCACGAGGAACAGCAGACAUGGGGUGUCACCUACAGGAGGACCAGCAGUUUGUCCAAGAAGCUGUUCAGGAUUGAUGAGACUGUUGUGAUUGAUUCUGGAUACUCUGACAAGUCGGACAGAUCUGGAAUCAGUUCGAGAUACGAGGAUAGUAAUUGGUCAGAGGACAAUCAAUAUGAUUCUGGGUCGGAAUGCAAAUACAUGAAGGUCAAGAGGUCCAGAAGGAAGUCUAUAGUCAACAACUUCCACUUUUAAUUAAUAUAUUGAUUAAUUGAUUAUAGAGAUUUGUUAUGAUUAACUUUAUGAUAGAAUUGAACGAGGAGUGAGAAAAAUGUAGGAUGUUUAUGGUAUUUGAAUUUAUAGGGAAGGAUUUUGUAAAUUAUUUUGUGGGGUAGAAAUAUUUCAGAGAUAGUGGAUAUUUGUAUAGAUCCUUGCUUCGAUGCUCGAAUGGAUAGUUAACUGAAAAUUUAGUAUGAUUUACUUUCUAGUAUUUCUGAAUAUCCUGAAAUUUCAAGCUCGAAGCAAGUCGAAUAAUAUUCAAUAUUUUCCGAAUAUUUCCAAUUGGUUAGUCAGAAAUAAUUUCGAAAUUCGUCGCUUCUUUAAAUUUAUAUUGAUACAAAUUGUAAUUAUUAAUUAGAGUAUAAAUGUAAUCUUGAUUAUUUUAUUUUGUAAAAUUCACAUUGUAUGCGAGCGUGUGUGAUUGUGUGAAAAAAUAGCGUAAAUUAGCGAUCAAUUUAUCCGUGUUCGGCAAAACAUGGUAUUGUUCAUCAGGUGGAAAAUCGGUUCAAGUUUUAGAUGGAAAAAGUCUAUAACUCUGGUGAUUCGAGGAAAUGCCUAGAAUUUGGAAACACAGCAUCUAGCUGCUAUUUAGAAAUAAAUAGUUUCAAGCGAAGAAGCUAAUAUUCCGUAAUGAAAAUAUUGUUGCGUUUAAAUUAAUUUGUUGAUCUCAUUGCAAUUUCCAUGUAUUAGAAACUCUAUUACAGUUUGAAUAAAAUGAAGAAUUUGAAAUUGUAAAGGAUGAUUGUAUAAAAUAAAUUUUAAUGUUGACUUAUUUGCUUUGCAGUAGAUAAAGGAAUACAAAUGGAGAGAAAAUUUUGUACUGUUUAGUUGUAAAAUGAUAUCUUACCAGGAUCAACUUCCUGCAAUUAAAUCUUUAUAUAGAAAUAUUUUUAUAUGCAAUUCUGAAUGAAUGUAACUUGUUUCUUCUUUAAACGAUUGUAAUGAUAUUGUUCAAUAAAUGAAAUAUGACAUUGAGAA